AUGUCUAGUAAUAAAGCAGACAUUAGGAGUACCGAUAUGAGUGAGGAGAUGCAGAAAAUUGCCAUUGAUUGUGCAAGACAGGCUCUUAACGAGAAUAGCAUCGAAAAUAAGAUUGCCGAACACAUUAAAAAUCAGUUCGAUAUACAAUUCAAACCUAAAUGGCAUUGCAUUGUCGGCACUGAAUUCGGAUCUUAUGUAUCUCACGAACCAAACCAUUUCAUCUAUUUCUAUUUGGGCAAACUAGCCAUUCUAUUGUUUAAGAGAGGUUAG